AGCAACUCGACACUGGCUUCAAAGAUGCGUGUGUGGAAGAGGCAGCGGUAGAGACGGAGACGGAGAGCUGGAGAAGUUACACUUAACGGACCAGACACAGAGAGACAGAGACAGAGAGAGGCAGCGUGUUUGCGCACCGAGCCGCCGGGACGUUACGCUUCCUUUUUCUUCCCCUUCAACAAACUUCCCCCAAACUACACCACCGGAGCUCGAGUGGAGACCAGGGGGAGUUGUCGCACCUUGGCCCCGAAGCCUGCGCUGCUGUGCGGGUCUGAAGACUCCUUCCUCCCCCUCUUCUCUCUCCACCUCCUCCGGCUGCGUUCAUGUUCCUGCCGUCGUGUCGCACUUUGAGCCCGUUUCUAAUGGAGGGCCCCGUACGGAUUUGCCAUCAGAAUAAUGCGUUUGGCUGCUGAUUCACCCGACGUCUCGCUGCUUCUUCUGCCCUCCUGCAAGAGAGGUUUGCCGACCAAACGAGGGCGUCCGAACCGGGCAUCACGGCCGCUGGCAGGGGUCAGAGUGCACCAUGGACGGUGGCCUGAGGGUCCUCCUGUCCACUGUGCUGUGUCUCAGCCAGUCCCUGCUCAUCAGCUGCUCAUCUCAGUAUCCCUCUUUCCGCUCUGAACCUGCCUCCUUGGUCCAGAGUCGAGGCUCCGUAGCCCGCCUGCGAUGCUCGGCGAGUCCUCCGUCGGCGGUGGUUUCCUGGCGCUUCAGAGGCCUCCCCCUGGAGGCCGACACGCUGCCCGACGUGGAGCUCGGCCGGGGCUCCGUCACCAUCUCCUCCCUGGCGUCCGUCCACGGCGGCGUCUACCAAUGCGUUGCCCGCUUAGACGGCGGGCCGGCCGUCGCCAGCCGCCUCGCACGUGUGGCCAUAGCAGAAAUAUCAGAAUACGAAGACGGCCGGCGGCGGUCGUUGUCGGCGCAGGAAGGCAGCACCGUCCUCAUAGAGUGUCCUCUACCGCGCAGCGUCCCUGCAGCACUUCCUAGACUGAAAGUACGAGGGGACUGGAUGGAAGCGUCCACAGACGACUAUUUAGUUCUUCCGUCUGGCAACCUCCAGAUUGUCUCUGUUUCGGCCCAGCAUCAGGGCAUGUACAAGUGUGGUGCCGUCAACCCUGUUACCGGGGAAACCAUCGUACAACCUCACGGUACUAAGCUGCUGGUCAAAAAUUCCGACCCGUCCUCCUCCUCCUCGGUGCGGAUAGUUUAUCCCACCUCCCCGGUGACGGUUUCCGUGCAGCAGUCGCAGCCGCUGACGUUGGAGUGCAUCGUGUCCGGGAGUCCUGCGCCGACAGCGAGGUGGUUUAAGAACGGCAAAGAGGUCACACCGGGGCCUUCUCACCUACGACAGCACAACAACCUGGUGUUCGUUAAGGCGACGAGGAGCGAUGAGGGGAGUUACACCUGCGCUGCUGAGAGCGGCAACGGGGCCGUGACCAGCGCCAACUAUACUGUGAAUGUUCUCGAGCCUGUUUCUGUCACGGAGGACCUCGGCAACCAGCUCGUCUCUCCCGGCUCCUCCGCUCAGUUUACUUGUGUAGCAAAAGGAAACCCUUCCCCGAACGUCACCUGGCUGUUCAACGCCGACCCCGUCGCCCCGUCGCACCGCGUCCGCAUCUCUGGAUCCUCGCUUGUCAUUGCGGAUGUGACGCGGCAGGAUGAGGGAGUGUAUCAGUGUCUGCUGGACAACGGGUUCAGCUCGGCGCAGUCGUCUGGGAUGCUCACAACUCAGUCAGAUCCACAGCUGGGCCCCACGGCCGGCGUGCUGCUGGAGGCGUCGCCGUCGCUCCACCCCAUCCAGAGCGACGAGGGCCACGGGCGCUUCCUCACCGAAGAGGAAGGCGACGCCGCGAACGUGCCGGCCGACCGGAGCAGCGACCAUCCGACUCCAGAGGCGCCGAUCAUCAUCAGCCCGCCUCAGACUCACAAACCCGACGUGUACGACCUGGAGUGGAGGGCGGGGCGAGACGGCGGCAGCCCCAUAAACGCCUACUUUGUGAAAUAUCGCAAGGUCGACGAAAUGGGAACGGUGGUGGGAAGCUGGCACACGGUUCGCGUCCCUGGCAGCGAGAAGACCCUGCGGCUGUCGGAGCUCGAGCCCUCGAGUCUCUACGAGGUGCUGAUGGUGGCCCGGAGUUCAGCCGGCGAGGGUCAGCCGGCCAUGCUCACCUUCCGCACCGGCAAGGAAAAAAGCACCUCCUCCAACAAGAAUCCGUCCAAGCCUCCCGUCGUCUCGAUGCCACCCAAAGCUCCCGAGGACAAAACCCCCAACACCCACUUCGGAGUCGUCAUACACGACAGGGUCCCCGAGGCCCCCGAUCGCCCCACCAUCUCCAUGGCGACCGAGAGUUCGGCAUACGUCACCUGGAUCCCGAGAGCCAACGGCGGCUCUCCGAUCACGGCUUUCCGGGUGGAGUACAAGCGCGGCCGCAGUGCCGAGUGGGUGGUGGCGGCGGAUAACAUCUCACCUCUGAAGCUGUCCGUGGAAGUUCGCAAUCUGGAGCCUGGAUCCGCCUACAAGUUCCGUGUGAUGGCCAUGAACAUGUACGGCCCGAGUCCUCACAGCAUCCCCUCCAAGCCCUACCAGGUUCCUCAGGCCAGCCCUCGCAUCGCCAACCGCCCCGUGGUCGGACCUCACAUCUUGUCCACCGACGCCAUCAGCGACACGCAGAUCAUGCUGCGCUGGAAUUACAGUCCCUCGAGUAACAACAACACCCCGAUCCAGGGUUUCUACAUCUGCUACCGGCCCACGGACAGCGACGACGACAGCGACUACAAAAAAGACAUAGUGGAAGGUGGAAAAAACUGGCACAUGAUUGGAUACCUCCAGCCCGAGACCUCCUACGACAUCAAGAUGCAGUGCUUUAACGACGGUGGAGAGAGCGAGUACAGUAACGUCAUGAUCUGCGAGACCAGAGCACGUCAGGCUCCGGGGUCGCCCAGCCAGCACCCCAUCACCCCGUCGGGCCCCCAUCCCCAGGAGCCCCCCAGCCCCCCUGGAGGUCUCCUGUACCUGAUCGUGGGCUGCGUUCUGGGUGUCAUGGUGCUCAUCCUGCUGGCUUUCAUCGCCAUGUGUCUGUGGAGGAACCGCCAGCAGAACAACAUGCACAAGUACGACCCUCCCGGCUACCUGUACCAGCCGGCGGAGAUGAACGGCCACAUGCUGGAGUACACCACGCUGCCCGGCACCAGCCGCAUCAACGGGGGCAUCCACGGCGGCUACGGCCACGGCGGCCAGAUGCUCCCCCAGGGCUGCCACCACCUCCACCACAAGCUCCCCAACGGCUUGGCGCUGCUCAACGGCUCCGGCGGCCUGUUCUCACCUGGCCACCCACACGGCCACGAUGGCACGCUGCCCCACGGCGCCCGCGACUGCGAACACUCGCACCCUCACCACCACCAUAACGGUGGAGGCAUGUACACAGCGCUGCCACAAACGGAGUCUUCUGACUGUAUGAGCUGUCAGAACCUCUGCAACAACAACAGAUGUUACAACAAGACCAACGGCACCUUCUCCAGCGGCACUCUGCCCCUAAUGCAUCGCGUGGCGCCGUGCCAGCAGGACGGGCUGGAGAUGGUUCCUCUGGGCCAGGUUUCGUCGCCGUGCCGCGGCACCGACGGCCAGAUGCGUCCCGGCGAGCAGGAGGAGCACAGGGGGUCGUCGCCCUCGCAGCAUUCCUGCUGUCUGAUCAGGAACAGCCAAAACUCUCCAGCAGACGACACUGCUGAGGAGGAGCCAGAGAGCGAGGACACCAAGGGGCCUGUGGUGUGCUGGGAGAGUCCUUCGCUGCCAGACUUGGACUGUGACGAAAAGCCUGGGUGGAUCUCCAGCAGCAGCCUGGCAGGAGAGCUGAUCCAGGCCGGCCCACAGAAGGCCUGAACGCAGCCCACACACCAGCACACCCUCCCACAGCGCGGACGGGAAACGGAAAGCAGCCAGAGGGAGGCCGAGGAGGAGGAGGAGGAGGAAGGAGAUAGUCAGAGACACUGCACGUGACGGUGACGAGGACACAGAACUGUCGAUGGACCGAGAUGAGACGAGCGACGUGGGGAGGAGGGAGAAAGAAAAAAGAAAAAAAAAAAGAAAGAGCGCCUGAGAGCACAGCCAGAUGGAGGGAAAACACAAAGACAGAAACUAUAUCCCACUGGAGGGAAGACUCUCGUAAAAAGAUCAAAAACUCUUUAGAUGACUUAUUUAUUUUUUUGUAGUAGUAAAAUAUUAUUUCAUAUGAAUGUAUCUGUUUUAAAGAAAAAAAGUUUGUCUUUUAUAUUAUUUAUGCCUUUCGGAUGAGAAAUACUUUUUAUUUUUUGUCGUCGUUGUCCCUCUGUGUUCCACUCGACGGUGGAGAUUAGCAAUUGUCUGUGUAAAGUUUUGUAAUAAUAUAAAGAGAAGAUAUGGGAGAGUCGACGA